AUGGCCAGUAUACUUUCUCGUUCCUUGCCAUCACUUCACCCUGGACAUCUUUCUCCUUUCACAUCUUCGCUGCAAGCUCGUCCAUCCAUCAGCCAUCUGGACAGGAUGGAGAAAGCUCGACCACAGUUAUCCAAAAGCGACUUUGUCAAUCCGAAUGUAUUGAAUACUGCGAACCCGCAUCCAGUCUGGGGCUAUGCACAUGGACCUAUUCCAGAUAAUAACCCUUAUUGGAAAUUAAAAAUGAGCCGACGUGGACGCGUGUCGAGGCGUGAACAGGGGCUUGCUCUUGCCAGUCGUAGGCCACAAGCACCCGUGGUCACCCUGAAUGGUCAUAUCACCUUGGCUAAUCAAAAUAGUUGUGAUAUCUCGGUUCAUACCGGUCAAAUGUGCGGGAUCGGUUUCCCUCGCAAAAGCCGUCUCACCACCCAUAUUCUUUCCUUCCAUGCUGGUGCCGGUGCGUACACACAUACAUAUUCAGUUGUUUUGAACUCUUAUAUAUCCUUGGCCGUCCAGGAAAAGAUUGCUGGAGAUAACGCGAUGAAACGCUGGGCGUUGAUGGGAGGCUGGCGUGAUGCCCUUUAUCUUAACGAACCUGGCCCGCAGAACGUUUCCACCUCUCUCCUCGGCUUCUAUUGUGAUGUGUUGGAGGAAAUUGGGUGGGGCGGUGAAUUAUGCAUAUACUGGCGCACCGAUGCUCAGUUUGCUGCAGAGUAUGGAACCCAAUUUCACCAACCCAGACAUCGAGAGUGGCUUGAAUCCAGAGACGUAGUGAUACCGAUUUCAGCCCUGAUUUUACAUCUGGAUCUGGAUCUGUACCUGAUUGUGUCCAAGUCUGCGUCCGAAGUUGACUCUAAGCCCGAGAACCUAGCGGAGUGGCCAUUUGACGCUAUCACUGAUAUAUUUACUGGGCUGUAUCUACCGUUAAGCGAGUUAGACGCGGUAUAUGGCCCUAUGCCCGAAGAAAUGGAUUGA